UGCCUGUGGAAUGGCAACCCGACGUACACGCCACAAGUUACCAUUAGAGAGACGUGUCGCAUUUUUUAUCUUUAAUUCACGAAACGUCCGCUACGACUCGAAAUAAUAAAUUAGGAGCGGUUAUAUUUUUAUUAUAACACAAUAAGUCAAUAGUGUAAAAUAAAAUUUAAAUUGUUUUAAAAAAUUUUUUAUUUUAAAGUGGUAUAUCUCAAAGCAAAAUGUUGAUGCUCAUUAGCAGCGUGACGCUUUGUAUUUCACGUCAAGUCGCCAACAAUGCAAAUCGAUAUGUGCCAAUUGACUGAUGCAAAUCAGAGGGUGAAUGGUCUUGGUUACGUUUGACUGUUAUGAUUGUGACGUGCGACUUUAUUAACAAAAUCCGCGACAUGUUGUAAAUAGUAGUAGAUUCGGUCAAGUCAAACAGUCCAGUUUGACACAAAAUUUGUCGUGAAUUUCUCAUAUUAUUGCGACCAAUUUAUAUCUGUGCGCCUUGUUCGAUCUCCUGUGUAUUGUAUCGCGCGAAGGAACAUUAUUAGCACAGGCUUGUUAAUUAUCAGUACCAGGCGACAUACCAAAUUAAUAUUAAUGUCCAAAAUGUCUAUGUCAUCGUCAAUGGAUGAGCGCAUGUUAAGAGGAAUCAGAAAGGUGAUACCGAAUCUGAUCAGCACUAAGCAUAAAGGUCAGGAUGGCAGGAUUGGGAUCUUCGGUGGUAGCACCGAGUACACGGGAGCACCGUACUUUGCAGCGAUGAGUGCACUGAGAACCGGUGCCGAUCUCGCUCACAUAUUCUGCACGAAGGAUGCCAGUGUGCCCAUCAAAUCGUUCAGUCCGGAGCCUAUAGUUCACCCGGUGUUGGAUCAGUGUGAUUCGAUAAAACAGAUAAAGCCCUGGCUCGACCGACUGCACGUUGUCCUGAUCGGACCCGGGCUCGGCAGGGACGAGAAGGUGUUCAAGACGAUUGUCGAAUUGAUAUCGAUCUGCCGCGAGAUGAGGAAGCCGUUGGUCAUCGACGCGGACGGGCUGUUCCUGGUCUGUCAGAAGCCUGAGAUCGUGAAGGACUAUCCAGGAGUUAUUCUAACGCCGAACGCGAUGGAGUUCAGUCGGUUGGCUAAAGCGGUGCUGGACAGGUCCAUCGCGCCGAAUCCCCUGGCCAAACCCGCCGACGUGAAGCACGUCGCAGAGGCACUUGGAAAGAACGUGGUGAUACUGCACAAGGGAGCUAAGGAUGUGAUCGUGGAUGGUCAUAAAGGUACCGAGACCGUGUCCUGCGAGUUGGCUGGUUCUGGUAGAAGAUGCGGCGGACAGGGCGAUCUCUUGUCUGGCUCCUUGACCGUGUUCUGGUGGUGGGCGAUCUCUGCUGGUGCCAGCGAGUCCGCUCUGUCACCCUCAAUAAUAGCGUGUUACGCUGCGUCAAGACUAGUUCGAGAAUGCAACGCAUCGGCCUUUAAACUGAAGCAGAGGGGAAUGUUAACGUCGGAUAUGCUGGAACAGAUUCAGCCAGUCUUCAACGACACUUUUGAGACUCAUUGCAUCAAGUAAUGAACAAAGCCUGUGCCAAUCCUAUUUACAUUUAUGUUGGUUAUGAGUGAUUGAUAAUGUCUUCCUUGAAUAGAAUAAUAUAGUAGUUUAUUGGUUAUUUUUGUAUGCAAAUACAGUAACAAUUUAGUCUGUUACUUUAUUAUUAUGGAUUUUAGAGCUUCGUCGUUUAAUGGGAGAGGUCGAACUCGAAGCACUGAUACCUGACACAUUUCCCAACGUUAUUAUAUGCAAUUUAUAAUUUCGAUUAAUAAAUUCAACUACACGCGUUAAAAACUAAAAUGAAAGUGUAACUAAAAUGAAAAAA